AUGGGUAUCCUGUAUCAAUCCGUUUUACGACAGCCUAAAGUGCUACCGGUGGGUUUGAAACGAAUCAGCGGCGAUUGCUCCAACCUCACGGUUGGAAAUAAAAAUGAUGACCUGGCGAUUAGUAAGGCGAUUAAUGCGCUAACUGUUGCGCUGAUAAGCAAUUUUUCGGAUGGGUUAAAGUUCGGACCAAGCUACUAUUGUUACACAAGAAAACGAGACAUUACAGCGUACAUGCAAAUUAUAUGUGAGAACAUUGUUUGUCCAUUCGAAGGCAUUGAGCAAGUUUGCUGCGACUACAGAUUCAACAAAACAACGCUCAGACGCAAAGUCAUCUGUCCAGAAAAUGAAUUCAUGUAUGACACUAUAUCUUGGAUUGUGCCCAUAAUGUUGGCCAUCAUUCUUUUUAUUUACUUCCCUAUACUUCUAUUGUUUGUCGCGUACAAACUAUUUGACGAUCCUUGUGCGACAUAUGUAACACCAAGCCGUACAGAACAAAAUUUAAAAGAAUCCGACGACGGGUGCCUGGAUUUAGGAAUGGACGGACUCUGUCACACUACCGAGAUCUAUUUACUAGAGGGGUAUAAGCAUGUCAGUUUUUUCAAAACAAUAUUCAUGCCCCUUGCUUUUCUUAAGAGAGCAACAGUAACGGUAAAAACACGUUUCAUAUGCCUGCUGUUAGGUAGAUUGACAAGAGUAGCUUUUCCAUUUGUAACCCUUAGUAUAAUUGGUCUUCAGGCAUAUAUUGAUUCCUCAAAUUUGCAAAGUUUCAUUAGGACGAGCGUGAAAUUAGGCGUUCCAUAUGGGCUGCGGUCAAUAAUCACGGGCUACGAAAUGAGUAGAACAAACUUCCUACCCUUCCUUGGUGGUCCUUUUGUAGCCCUGUCGUGUUAUGUUGUAGUCACCUCAGUCUUGCUUAUGAUUCCAGAGUCUUUACCGACGUUUCUCGCUAAAGGUUUGAGGCCAACAGCAAUGGUUCUUUAUCUCCCAUAUGCGAACAUUUGAAAACCCUCAAACGUUUUGGAUCACUUAGGUUCACAGAAAAAUCAAUGGGAUACUUGCUUUUGUUUCGUUUUAUAGUUUCACAAGUUCUCAUGGUGUUGAAUCUCGAUUUCUGGAAAACAUCCAUUGCUAUACAACAUGAUCGCUGGCAAAGAAUUUACAAUAGAAAUGGUAAUUGUUGCAUUCUAAUUCU